UCUAGUCGCAGAAGAAAAUCAGAUUCAAGUGAAAGAAGCAAUAGAAGCGUAAGGUCUUCGAGUAUUCACAAGGAUAAAAUAUCGCCAACCACCAAAAUCUUUAGAAAUUUGCUUAUAUUGGAGGAAAGUCUACGUCAACAAUCACAGGAUCAAAGAAGUCUUAGAAGAAAAUUCACUGCAUUUUUAGCCAUAUUGACUGGAUUAGCUGGUUUUGCAUUCUAUAGCUUGUAUUUUUCAGAUAUAAACCCAUCACAGUUGGUAAAAGUAAUGUUGCAGUUUAUGUUUUUCUUCAUAUUGAUCACAUUGGUGUUGUUCAAUCUAUCGGGUGAAUAUCGUCGUACAAUUAUAAUACCCAGAAGAUUCUUCACAUCAACCAACAAGGGUCUAAGACAGUUGAACUUAAGACUUGUCAAAGUCAAAAGCCCUAUUACUGAUAGAAUUAUUGAUUGGGCAAGAGCUAUCAUGAUGUCAAUUGUGCAAUUUGACCAACAAGUUCUUGAUCAUACUGGAUUUUUCAAAUCAACAAAAGCUGGGAAAUGGGUCAAGAAGAAUCUCAGAAUAUUGGAAAUAAGGGCACAACCAAGAGUUGGUGCAACGGAUGUCAAAUUGGUGUUGAACCCAAGAGCUUUUAAUGCUGAAAUUAGAGAAGCAUGGGAACUAUAUAGGGAUGAAUUUUGGGCGAGAGAAGGUUCAAGAAGAAGA